AUGAUAUACGACUCCACCUGCGUGUUCAGCAGGCUGGCAUGCAACUGCGCUAACAGCGCGCCAGCUCCUGGGACCGGAGAGCAUUAUGUGAUCUCCCAGGAGCUGGCAGGAUGGCACAAACAACGCCACCCACAUGGCCAGCCUGCUGAACACGCAGGAACAACAGCCAGCCCCUGGGAGAUGGGAAUAUUAUAUUAUCUCCCAGGGGCUGGCAACAUGGCACAAAAGCCGCCAUCUGCGUGUUCGGCAGGCUGA